CUCGAACUCACAACCAUCGCGACAAUCGAAAGAAAAAUUCCGAUCAACAAUCCGUCAACCAUGCCCGGACCUCAAACCCCCUCGACAAUGCGAGCAGUCGUCUACAAAGGCCCAUACGAGGUUACAGUAGAAGACAAACCUUACCCCAAGAUCCAACAGGAUACAGACUGCAUUCUCAAAGUCACGACUUCGGCAUUAUGUGGCAGCGACUUGCACUUUUAUCGUGGACAGCUCAAAGUGCCAGCCGGAUUCAUUUGUGGACAUGAAUUCGUUGGGGAUAUUGUUGAAAUUGGUGAUAAAGUGGAGAAGUUUUCGGCUGGAGAAAAGGUCGUAGUCCCAUUCUACACAGCCUGCGGGAACUGCUUCUACUGCAUCCGGGGCCAAGCAUCGCGCUGCAAUCAAGGACAACUUUUCGGCAACGCUCUAUCCGCAGAUAGUAUCGAUGGCGGGCAAGCCGAGUACGUGCGAGUACCGCUGUGCGACACAACAUGCGUGCGGGCUCCAAACAACAUUCCCGAAGAACUCCUCGUGCUCAUGGCAGACAUCUUCCCCACGGGCUAUUUCGCUGCGAGCAGGUUCCUGAAGAAUCUGGAAGCCCGCGAUCGUAAGAAUUUCACGAGUGUAGUGGUGGGCUGCGGACCUGUGGGAAUUUGCGCGAUAGCCUGCGCAGUGACUAUGGUCGAUACAAUCUACGCAAUUGAUUCUGUGCCGGAGCGUCUUGAGCAGGCAGCAGCGCUGGGGGCGAUUCCAAUCCAUCUGACUGAACAGGAUCCAAUCGCCGAGAUCAUGAAGGCCACAGAUGGGCGAGGAGCUGAUGUCGUGAUGGAAGUGGUCGGUCAUCCGGAUGCUCUGCAACUCAGCCUGGAUCUCAUUCGGCCUUGGGGGUCGAUUUCAUCCGUGGGGAUGCACAAUCAUGCUCUUGCACUUGAAGGCUUUCAGCUUUAUAGCAAGAACGUCACGCUGGCGUUUGGCCGCUGUCCAGUGCGCUCGAUUUUUGAGGAUGCGCUGGCGCUGUUGGUGAAGCAACAAGACAAAGUCAAGUGGCUUUGUGGAAAGACGAUGUCUUUGGAGGAUGCGCCUGAGGCCUACAGAGAUUUUGAGGCGAGGAAAGUGCACAAGGUGCUGUUCAAGGCGGCGGCUGUAUAGGAGCUGCGGUGCGCGAUAGGCUGAUAGUCGUUAUUUGGACUUGUGUUGGCUUUAUCUGGAUGUUGGACCACUGUGUCUGAAUGUGUCACGAUCUGCCCCGAGUAGCCUAGUCAUGAGUCUUGAGAUCUGUACAGGGGAUAUUGUCGUCGUCAGCGUCAUC